CGUUAUCUACAGUAUUGGUUUUGCUAACGAGCGUCUGGUUGGUACUGUGUCCACAGACGGUCUUCUGAUUGUCCGCUUGCAGUUUUCGCAGCCGUGAAGAUUUACCAGAGAGCACCUGUGGAAGUUAUUUUGGCUGGAGUUCUGGAUUUAUUAGCAACACUGCAUUUGAAAAAUGUCGACUCCCAGGGUUGCUUUGGUAACAGGAGCUAAUAAAGGGAUAGGGUUUGCAACGGUGCGGUCUCUUUGCAAACAAUUCAGCGGGGACGUGUACCUGACAGCGCGAGACCCAGAACGGGGCAUGGCAGCAGUGCAAAGUUUGCAGUCUGAAGGGCUAAACCCCUUGUUCUAUCAACUGGACAUCAACGAUAUCAACAGCAUUAGGAAGGUGAGGGACUUUAUGAAGGAGAAGUAUGGAGGGCUGGAUGUGCUCAUCAACAACGCUGGAAUUGCUUUCAAAGUGCAAGAUACAGCACCCUUUGAAAUUCAAGCAGAUGUGACACUAAGAACAAACUUCUUUAGUACCAGAGAGAUCUGCAAUGAACUCCUUCCUAUUAUUAAACCACAAGGGCGAGUUGUGAAUGUUUCCAGUAUAUGCAGCGCUACAGCUCUGAAAAAAUGCAGCCCAGACUUGCAAGCAAAGUUCACCAGCGAUACCAUCACAGAGGACGAACUGGUCAAACUUAUGGAGAAGUUUGUCGAAGACGCAAAGAGCGGGGUGCACGUCCAGCAGGGCUGGCCAAACUGGGGUUACGGAGUGUCCAAAAUUGGGGUGACCGUCUUGUCCAGGAUUCAGGCCAGGAGAAUGAAGAAAGAGAGACCACAGGACAGGAUCUUGCUGAACGCCUGCUGUCCGGGGUGGACGAGGACCGACAUGGCUGGUCCGAACGCCACUAAAUCCCCAGAUGAAGGGGCCGUCACCCUGGUGUAUCUGGCUCUUUUACCCCCAGAAGCUGAUGAGCCACAUGGGCAGUUUGUCAUUGAUAAGAAAGUUCAGAAUUGGUGAUUGCAAUUAAUUGCACACCCUAAGAAAAGCAGCUGUGUGUCUAGCUAAAGUCAAUGCAUAACAUAACUAACUACUGGAUGCCAGUCUAGUAAAAUAUUAAGUUUUAAUUUGAAAGCACAGACUUACACAAAUAUAGUACAGUAUAAAGUUACAAUCAUUUUGGAUAAUAAUAUACAGUUGUGGCAAAGCAUAUAUUCUUGUUAUUGUAUGGAAAUGCAAAAUAAUUAAUGAAUAAAAUUGUGCAUUACUGUA